CGGGCCGCCCCUUCUCUGCUGGGAUCCAGAUGGCGGCGACGGUGACGCUGGAGCCUGCGGGCCGCUGCCGCUGGGACGAGCCCGUGCGCAUCGCCGUGCGCGGCCUGGCCCCGGGACAACCGGUCACGCUGCGCGCGUCCCUGCGCGACGAGAAGGACGAGCUCUUCCGAGCCCACGCGCGCUACUGCGCCGACGCCCACGGCCAGCUGGACCUCGAGCGCGCGCCCGCGCUGGGCGGCAGCUUCACGGGCCUCGAGCCCAUGGGGCUCCUCUGGGCUUUAGAGCCCGAGAAGCCCUUGCUGCGGCUGGUGAAGCGGGACGUACAGACGCCCUUCGCCGUGGAGCUGGAGGUGCUCGAUGGCCACGACCCGGAAGCCGGAGGGCUCCUGGGCCGGGCGGUGAACGAGCGCGACUUCCUGGCGCCGGGGGUGCGGCGCGAGCCCGUGCGCGUGGGCCGGGUGCGCGCCACGCUCUUCCUGCCGCCAGGCACAGGACCAUUCCCUGGAAUCCUCGAUCUUUUUGGAAGUGGUGGUGGCCUUUGUGAAUACAGGGCCAGCCUCCUGGCUGGACAUGGUUUUGCUGUGCUCGCUCUGGCUUAUUUCAGAUUUGAAGACCUCCCUAAAUAUUUGAAUAACGUGUGCCUGGAGUACUUUGAAGAAGCUGUGGACUUCAUGCUGCAACAUCCAAAGGUGAAAGGCCCUAGUGUUGGGCUUCUUGGCUUCUCCAAAGGAGGUGACCUGUGUCUCUCAAUGGCCUCUUUCUUGAAGGGCAUCACAGCUACUGCAGUUAUUAAUGCCUGUGUGGCCAACACAAUAGCUCCUCUGCAUUACAAGGAUAUGAUUAUUCCUAAUCUCAGCAGUGACCCAGGAAAAUAUAAAAUCACUGAGUCAGGCGUUUUGAAUUUGGAGGAUAUUUGGAAUGACCCACUGGAGAAACCCAACCACCGAAGUCUUAUUCCAUUGGAAAAGGCCCAGGGACCCUUCCUGUUUAUCGUUGGCAUGGAUGAUCAUAACUGGAAGAGUGAAUUCUAUGCCCAGAUAGCCUCUGAACGGUUACAAGCCCAUGGGAAAGACAGACCCCAGAUAAUCUACUACCCAGGAACUGGCCAUUGUAUUGAUCCGCCUUAUUUUCCUCUUUGUAGAGCCUCUGUGCAUGCAGUUUUGGACCAACCAGUAUUCUAUGGAGGUGAGCCAAAGGCUCACUCAAGGGCACAGGUAGAUGCCUGGCAGCAAAUCCAAACUUUCUUCCAUAAACACCUCAAUGGUAAAAAAUCUGUCAAGCCCAGCAAAUUGUAACAUUGUAAUCAUAGACCAUAUACUGUUAAUAAAAAUCCUAGUCAUACAACA